CAACUUCAAUUUCAAUCGUCCACUCUCUCUGUCUCUCUAAAUGGUGACAAACAACCACCGCCACCACAUGGCUUCUUCACCUUCAUUCUUCAAAACUCUCACUCUAUUAUUAUUACUAUCGCAACACUUUUUAACCGUUGUUAUUGCUUUCACACAGAACAUCACAGAUACCAGUCCACCUCCGUCUCCCGUUCCCGACGACGCCGCCACUACCAAUUCUCAACCUCAACACAACGCCUACACGCGAAUAAAACCAAGCGUGGCGAUUCUCGUUUGCGUUUUCACCGUUCUUUUUUCUCUCACCUCUGUUCUGCUCCUCUAUGUAAAACACGUCAAUUAUAUUGCCUCCCCUGGCGAGAUAGGUAGUGUCGAAAACGGCGGAGGUUCGUAUUUUAACGGCGGGAGAAAAAACUCCGGGAUAGACCGUUCGGUGGUUGAAUCGUUACCGAUUUUCAGAUUCGGAUCACUUACUGGUCAAAAGGAUGGUUUAGAUUGUGCGGUUUGUCUCUGUAAAUUUGAAUCCUCGCAAGUUUUACGGUUAUUGCCGAAAUGUAAACACGCUUUUCAUGUGGAGUGUGUUGAUACGUGGCUGGAUGCACAUUCAACUUGUCCUCUUUGCCGUUCUAGAAUCGAUCCUGAAGAUGUUCUUCUCGUAGUGGAAGAUAAAGAUUCAUCAUCAUCAUCAACAUCAGCAACGCCGUACCAGAUUCACAACCAGAAUCAGAAGGACGAAGAAAAUGAAAAUGAAAAUGCUAUGGAAAUUGAAAGAGGAAGAAUGUCAAGAAGCGAGAUUUUGGAGAUUUAUCGAAAGAGGCAUUCGUCGGUAGGGGAAAAGGAAUGGGAACGAGAACGAGAACGAGAAAGGAAGAAAACGGCGUCGUUCAGAUGGUCUCUGGAUAGUUCUAGAAAGAAGAGCGAGAGUAGCAUUGGGCUUGGGCUUGGUUGUUUUGCUGGGCCGAGAAAAGACGGGAUGUUGUUAACGAAAGAAGAGAGUAGCGUGGAGCGGAGAAAGAGGUUGGAACAUAGGAUAAUUGUGUCACCUUCCGUGAGGCUCCACCAGAAUCAACGGUGGAGUGAUGUGCAACCGUGUGAUAUGUUGUAUCUAACUUCAGAGAUGAUGAUAAUGAGUGGUGGAGUAAAGAAUGUGAAUAGGAGGAAUAAUGAGAGUAGUUGGAGUGGCAGGGGAGUAAUUAAUUCGAGAAGUGUGUCUGAAAUCACGGGGCUCAACAGGUUCCAAAGCAACAACACACAACAACACAGCAAUAGUAGUAGUAAUAAUAAUUGUUAGUAUUUCUAAUAAGUAACAUUGAAAUUCAUUUCAUUAGUAAUGGCAGUGUUAUGAUUUUGUUAUUUAAGAGCGAGAGAAGAGAAGCUACUAUGUGUUCUGACUCGACCUGCCACCUUGUUGGUGUAUUUGUAUCUUACCGUAGCAUAGCAUAGCAUUGCCAUUUCUUAUUGAGAGAGGCUAACACAGUUAGAAUAUAAAAGUACUGGUACUUUUUAUAAUGAAUGGAGUGUUUAUUUUGUAUAAUAUUUUAGUGUAUGAUUUUGAAAAUGGCGACGUUUGUUGGAUUUAUUUGGGUGGAAUAGAAGCAGGGAUAUGGAAGGGAUGGAUGGGUGGGGUAAGGUAGAGAGACAUAACUGCGGAUACCAAAGCGGAGAGUGGGGUCGGGGGAUUUGUGGUGCGUGGAAAAGCACGUGAUGUUAAAUGGAGAUCCCUUUGUCCUGUCUUUCGCAGUAAUCAAUUAUUUCUUACCUUUCUCUAUUUCACUCGCUCCAUGCAUCGCAUUCACCAUCAACACAGCAUAGGUACAAACGUACGGACGUAAAGGCUAAAGUUAAGAGUUAGGAUUCGUGUUCUAUUGU